UACUCCAUAGACAUAGACACAAUGGUCGAACCCAUCGCAGUAAUCGGAUACGGCUUCCGCUUCCCGGGGGGAGCCGACACGCCCUCAAAGCUCUGGUCCCUCCUGCGCGAUCCCACUGACCUGAGCAGCAAACCCCCGGCCUCCAGAUUCGACGUCGACCUGUUCUACCAUCCCGUCGGCACCCACCAUGGUACCACCAACGCCCCCAAGUCCUACUGGCUGGCUGAGUCGGAAGACUCGGGUGCAGGCAGCAGUCCCGUCGCCCAGUUCGAUGCCGGCUUCUUCAAUAUCCAGGCCGCCGAGGCCGACGCCAUGGACCCGCAGCAGCGGCUGCUGAUGGAGGCCGUCUACGACGGGCUGUGCGCGGCCGGCCAGCCCAUGGAGGACCUGCGCGGGUCCGAUACCGCCGUCUACGUGGGGCUGAUGUCGGAUGACUGGAGCACGAUGCUGACGCGCGACUGGGAGACCCUGCCGCGCUACACGGCCACGGGCCUGGAGCGCGGCAUCGUCGCCAAUCGGUUGUCCUACUUCUUCGGGUGGCAUGGUCCCAGUAUGACCAUCGAUACGGCCUGCUCGAGCAGUCUGGUAGCCCUCGACCUGGCGGUGCAGGCCUUGCGCAGUGGGAAGUCCAAGGUCGCCGUGGCGGCCGGCACGAAUCUGAUUCUUAGUCCAGCAAUGUAUAUCUCUGAGAGUAAUCUGGGAAUGCUCUCUCCCAACGGUCGCUGCGCCAUGUGGGAUGUCGCCGCCGACGGGUACGCGCGCGGCGAAGGUGUUGCGGCCGUGUUGGUGAAGACCCUGUCGCAGGCGCUGGCGGACAACGACCCCAUCCAAUGCAUUAUCCGCGAGACCGCCGUGAACCAAGACGGCCGCACCGCCGGCCUGACCGUGCCCAGCAACAUCGCCCAGGCCGCCUUAAUUCGGGAAUGCUAUGCGCGCGCAGGCCUCGACCCCAUCCGCAAUAUCAACGAUCGGCCGCAGUUCUUCCACGCCCACGGCACGGGCACCCAGGCGGGCGAUCCGCAAGAGGCCGAGGCGAUUUCGAGUGCCCUCUUCCCGAAUGGGGUCGUCUCCACCGAGGAGAAACUGGUGGUGGGAUCCGUCAAGACGGUCAUAGGUCACACAGAGGGCACGGCAGGUCUCGCCAGUCUGAUUGGCACGGCAUUGGCGCUGAAGAACCACACCAUGCCGCCCAACUUGCACUUCCAAGACCUCAGCCCCAAGGUCGCUCCAUAUUUCAAGCACCUUGAGAUUCUGACUGCGCAAAAGCCGUGGGUUGUCGCGGAGGGUCAGGUAAGAAGAGCGAGCGUCAAUAGUUUCGGCUUCGGCGGUACGAACGCCCACUGCAUUCUGGAAGAGUACAUUGCUCCAGAUAGGACAGAAGGAUCCGAGAGUGAUAGUCAGCUCUACACCCCGCUGGUCUUCUCAGCCGCUGCAGAGAAGCCUCUGCGAGAAAUGCUGGCACAACACCUCGAGUUCCUCAAGACGAGCCCGGACAUCUCCUUGACUGAUGUCGCCUACACGCUGCAAGUCCGACGAUCGACGCUGCCCUACCGGAAAGCAGUGUCAGCAACGACAUUCGACGACGCAAUCAGUGCCUUGGAAGAGCUUAUCUCAACCACAGACACGGCUCUGAGUCCGCGCUUCAGCUCACCAGCCGCCCCCAGAAUUCUAGGCAUCUUCACCGGACAGGGAGCGCAAUGGCCCAGAAUGGGCGCGCGGCUGCUCGAAACCUCGCGCUUCGCCGCCGAACGUCUCGCCGUGCUCGAUCGUGCUCUCCAGAGCCUUCCCGACCCAGCAGACCGUCCCACGUGGACUCUGGCUGACCAGCUGCUGGCCAGCGCAGAGACUUCGCGGAUCGCAGAGGCAGCGCUCUCUCAGCCGCUGUGCACGGCCGUCCAAAUCCUGUUGGUAGACAUCCUACGCACCGCGGGUAUCACCUUUGCCGCUGUUGUGGGUCACUCCUCUGGCGAAAUUGGCGCCGCCUACGCCGCCGGGCUCCUAUCUGACGUCGACGCCAUCCGGAUAGCCUACUUUCGUGGUGUGCAUGCUAAGCGCGCUGCCAGUCCCAACCUCCAUGCGCCCCGCGGAGGUAUGAUGGCUGUCGGCGCAGACAAGGAGACUGCCCAAGCACUCUGCUCUACCCCUCAAUUCUAUGGUCGUCUGCAGCUUGCUGCUGUCAACUCGCCCUCUAGUGUCACAUUGAGUGGUGAUGUUGAUGCAGUCGAGGAGGCUGAAGCUUUGCUCAAGGCUCAAGGCACAUUUGCUCGUAAGCUGAAAGUAGACACUGCCUACCACAGCGCUCACAUGGCCGCAUGUGCUGGACCCUAUCUGGCUUCCUUGGAUGGAUGCGGAGUUCAGGCCACUGCAACUCCGAACAGUUCGACAGUCUGGUAUUCCAGUGUUUUCGAGGGCCAGCCCAUGAACUCCCAAGGUUUGACGAACCAGUACUGGGUGGACAACAUGUGCAAAGCCGUUCUCUUUGCUGGUGCGCUCAGUGAGGCCCAGGACGCAGUGGGACAAUUCGACCUGGCCAUCGAGGUUGGCCCGCACCCAGCGCUCAAGGGACCCGCCACGGCCACGAUUGCCACCACUCCCUACACGGGUCUGCUGGCGCGAGGCCAGGACGACGUUGUACAGCUCAACACCGCUCUUGGAGCUCUCUGGACGCAGCUGGGUACCGGCAACAUCAAGCUCGCAGCCGUCGAGUCGCUCCUUUCUGGCAGAGCUCACAAUCAGGUCGUCAUCGACGAUCUCCCGUCGUAUCCCUUUGACCACUCCAAGGCACACUGGACCGACAGUCGGGUGGCCAACCACUUCAAGCAUCGGCAACCGACCCACAAGCCCAACCCUCUGCUGGGCACGCCCAUCACUGAAGCCUUGACGCCGGGUGAGGUGCAGUGGCGGAACUUCCUGCAGCCCCGCGACCUGCCCUGGCUCAAUGGCCAUCAGCUGCAGGGACAGACCGUCUUCCCGGCCAUGGGAUACGUCAGCAUGGCCGUCGAGGCGCUUUCCCGACUAGCACAGGAGAAUACUGGGGGCGACAGCACCCUCGGAGUGAUCAGCGUGCGCGACGUCCAGAUUCCUCGUGCCGUUACCCUGGACGAUGACGAUUCCAGCAUCGAGGUCAUCUUCAGCCUCUCGGCCAUCGAGCGGUCUGCGACAAAAGUUACCACGCGGUGGGCCUGCUACUCAGUGACGAACGGCAGUACUCUGGUGCUGAACGCUCAGGGCCGAGUGGAAGGAGAGCUCUGUGCUCAGGCCGCCGAUAGCCUUGACUCGGGUGCAGCCAAAGACACCUACCAGCUCGUCCCGAUCACAGAGGAGCACUUCUACGCGAAUCUCUCCCGCGUCGGAUAUGGCUACAGCGGACACUUCCGGGGACUGAGCGACAUCCGCCGGAAGCCUGGAUACAGCACUGGCACUUUGACGGACCACGCCGGUUCGGGCUGGGAAGAUGACCUCCUCGUCCACCCUGGCACCCUGGACUCAGCGCUGCAGAGCAUUUUCGCCGCGUGGUCGUACCCCGGAGAUACGCAACUCUGGUCGCUGCACGUCCCGGUAUCCAUCGGCGCGGUUACAAUCAACCCGUAUUUCACCCAAUCGGGAGCCGGUGGACGACCUGAACGACUAGAGUUCGUGACGAGUAUCACCAAAAAGGAGCCCACUCAGAUCGUAGGGGACCUGACGUUGCGCCACAAUCCCGAGGGAUCUGCACCUGCAGUCGUCGUGCAGGUGGAGGGUGCAACUCUUGUCCCAUUCUCGCCAGCCACCUCGCGCGACGACCUUCCGAUGUUCUCCCAAUUCCAGUAUGGAGUCGCCACCCCCGAUGGCCUCCUCGCCGCCGAAGGGGAGACGCUCUCCGACGUUGAAGAUGGUCUUCUGCGGGCAUUCUAUGCGGAAGACGCCAUCUGCUCCGGACCGACUGGUCGCUGGCUCUCGCGCAUUGUGGCUCAAAUCUCGCACCGCUUCCCGGGGGUGCACAUUCUCGAGGUGGGUGCCGGCACCGGGGCCACGACCUCGGCGGUGCUCGAUGCCGUGCAAGGUAGCUAUGGCUCUUAUACCUUCACGGAUAUCUCAAGUGGAUUCUUCCUGGCGGCCGAGGACCGCUUUGGGCCCGAUGCUGCUCGCAUGCGCUACCAGACUUUUGACAUGGAGCGGUCUCCCUCCACCCAGGGCUUCGAGGAGGAGACAUACGAUGUCAUCGUGGCGGUCAACGUCCUUCACGUCUCGGGGGAUAUCCAGGCUUCGCUGUUCAACGUGCGCCGUCUUCUGCGGCCGGGAGGUUUCUUGGUGGUCGCUGAGCUGACCUCGACGGACUUGCUCUUCAGCGGCAUGACGGUCGGCACGCUGCCCGGAUGGUGGAUUGGCGCGGACACCGGCCGGCCCUGGGGUCCCUUGUUCACAUUGAGUCAAUGGGAUGCAGCGCUGCAGGCGUCCGGGUUUGGCGGUAUCGAUACGGUGAGCCCGGAUAUCAGCGCCUCAUUGCCCAUGACGGUCUUUGUGGCCCAGGCCGUGGAUGAUCGGGUCUCCCUGCUGCGGAAUCCGCUCAGCGUGGCCGUUCAUCCCGAAGGGAUCCGGACGGAUGCCCUGGCGAUUGUCGGAGGAACGACUUGGCCGGUGCACAAACUUGGCCGGGACGUUGCCCAAGUCCUGGGGCCGCGGUUCGGACGCACCGAGUUCUUCCCCACGCUGUCCGACCUGGCUAGGUCAGACUUGACGCCGUCGAAGUUCUCUGUGCCCGGAUCGCUCACGAUUCUCGUGCUCACCGAUCUCGAUCGCCCGUUGCUCGAUGAUGUGACGCAGGACAAGCUCUCUGCUCUGCAGACCUGCACCAGCACGGCGGGUACCUUCCUCUGGGUCACCGCCGGCGCGCGCGACCAGACCCCAGCCAGCUACAUGAUGCUAGGCAUUCUCCGCACCAUCCAGAACGAGCAGCCAGACCUGAACAGUCAGUUGUUCGAUCUCGAGACCGGUAUUCAGGCGGGAACCGCCAACAUCCUCGCCGAGGCCUUGUUACGUCAGCAGGCGCUCUACAGCUGGAAAGCCAGCGAACCGGAUGCUUCGCUGCUGUGGACCAUGGAGCCCGAGGUUUAUUCUAGCAGUACUGGCAAGCUUUAUAUUACGAGGCUGCGAGCCGAUCAGGCGAAGAAUGAUCGUUACAAUGCUCUCCGACGCUCCAUUAAAGCCACGGUGUCGCCCUCGACCGAACGAUUGGCGCUGGUGAGCGUAGACGAAGGAGAUGCUCACGCACUGGCUCUGCAGGUCCCUUCGCCAUUGCGCUGGUCGCCGCCGCUCGAAGAGCCAGCACGCUCGCUCCUGAUCACACAUUCCUUGCUGCAAAGUGUGGCUGCGGGCACUGGAGACUUCGUUCGGCCGUGUAUCGGAAAGGACAUCGACACCCAAGAGACGGUCUUCGCAUUGGCCGCAUCAAAUGAGUCGGUGGUCACAGUGCCUCGUUCUCGGUGUCUAUUGGUGGAGGAAAAUGUGCAUGGGGAGUCAGCACUGGCCUCCCUCCUGGUGUCCCUGGCUGCGCAGCUCAUCGCUCAGCGCAUCCUAUCGAUCGCUCUUCCCGGCUCCACUGGCCUCAUUCAUUCGGCCGAUGCUACGCUUCAAGCAGCACUGACAGCGCAAGCAGGAGCGAAGAAUGUUGCUCUUGUCUUCACCGACACCGCAGUUGCUAGUCAAGAUACAUCAACCAUCCGUCUGGAUCCCCGCCUGUCACAGUCGGCGGUCAAGAGCCUACUUCCUAAAGCUCCCGGCUUCGCGGUGCUGUUCUCCAAAGGCAAGGCAAUGCAUCAGAUCAUUCUGCAGCAUCUGCCUGCCUCCUGCUUGGUGCUCAACGAGCAGACCCUAAUAAGUCACGCCGUUACCGAAAGCGAGCCCAACGCUUCCUCAAGCAUUGCUCAACAAUUCCAGGCGGCCUACAAGGCUGCCGCAGCUUCUACCGCAGCUUCGCCCCCGCCUGUGAUCGCUCUAGACAAGGUAGAGAACCAGUCAGUUUUGGGAGAAUCCCUGAGCGUCAUCGACUGGACUGCCAGCCCGACGGUGACGGCGACCGUCCAGCCCAUCACCUCGGGCCGCCUCUUCCGUCCCGAUCGCACCUACCUCUUCAUCGGGAUGGCCGGAGAACUUGGGCAGUCGCUGGCAGGCUGGCUCAUUGCGCACGGCGCCCGCUACGUGGUCCUCACCAGCCGAACGCCGAAGGUCUCCCCGCAAUUCAUCCAGGAGAUGGCCACGCAGCACCAGGCGGUCGUCCGCGCGGUAUCCCUCGACAUCACCAGUCAACACUCCCUGCUCUCCGUCCACGCCGCCCUAACCGCGACCCUGCCCCCGAUCGCCGGCGUCAUCAACGGCGCCAUGAUCCUCUCCGACGAGCUGUUCGCCCGCAUGAGCUACGAGCAAUUCACGCGCGUGCUCGCUCCCAAAGUCCGCGGCACGCAACUCCUGGACGAACUCUUCCGGACCCCAGACCUGGACUUCUUCGUCGUGGCCUCCAGUAUCGCGGCGGUGAUCGGCUGGACGGGCCAGAGCAAUUACUCCGCGGCGAACGAGUACAUGAUCUCGCUGAUGCACCAGCGGCGCCGCAAGCACGGCCUGCCCGGAUCCGCGAUGAGUAUCCCCGCGGUGCUCGGCGUGGGGUACGCCGCCCACUCCGACACCUUCGACUUCGACUACUUCGCCUCCCUGGGGUAUAUCAAUAUCAGCGAGGAGGAUCUGCAGGUGCUGUUCGCGGAGGCGAUUCUGUCGGGUCGGCCUGCUGUUAACGAGGAGGAGGAUCGCCACGCUGCGUCGGCGCAGGUGGUCACGGGGGUGAACACGCGGGUUCCUUCGGAGGAGGAGCUCGUUCCCGAGGGCCGCAGACGCGAUGUGAAGUUCUCGCAUUUGGUGCGCCGCGACGAGGGCAGUGUUGGGCCUGGUGGUGGGGAUGCUGGUGCGGCGGCUUCGGAGCCCAUCAAAGUGCGGCUGCAGCGGGUGUUGGAGUCGCCUGCUGAGGCUUUUGCGGUGGUCAAGGAGGCGUUCGUCGCGCAUCUUAAGCGGUUGCUGCGCAUUCCGGCGGCGGAGGCGGUGGAUGAGGCGGUGCCGCUGGUGGAUCGCGGGGUGGACUCGCUCGUGGCGGUGGAUAUCCGGGCGUGGUUCACCAAGGAGCUGCAGGCGGAUAUCCCGACGUUGAAGAUCUUGAAUGGGGGUUCCGUGGGCGAUCUGGUUCGUGAUGCUGUUGAGCAGGUG